AUAUUUUCACAGCAUCAUUGUGCCCAAAAAAAAAAUUAUUAGUAUCAGUAAGACUAUUUAAUCAGACAAGUAUGACUAUUUAAUCAACAAGACUAUUUAAUUAGAGAGAGAUAGACACUAUGAUAGGUUCCAUCUUACUGGUGAGGCCUACCAUAUCAUUAUGUCCAUCGCUCUCUCAUCAUUAAGAGUUGAAAAAGAUUCAUAUCUCAAAAGCCCUCAGAAGGGCUAUGUAUAAUUUGAUAACUAUAUGCCUGUUCAGUUUGGUGCCCGUGCUCUUUAUUAAGUUGUGACCAAAGUAUAUUUUCUUUUGUUAGUUGCCAGUAAAUUACAUCUCCCAGCCUCGAUAUUAUUUCAGGGUCGGUAAGCAGAGACUGCGGGAAGCUAGUAUUCAAGCUAUGGAUUACCUGAUUUUAUUGCUUGCUGGAGCUUGCUUAGGUUUGCUUACAAAAACAAGUGAACAAGCGUUUGGUGUAGCUGGGUACACAUACACUGUCAUUGCCGUCUCUCUUCUAUGCAAAAUAGCAGCCUUGAGAUCAUUUUCUCUGGAUAAAAUACACUACUGGAGGGAGAGAGAUUCCGGCAUGAGCAGCUUGGCCUAUUUUCUCUCCAAGGACACAACUGAUCAAUUUAAUACAGUGAUCAAGCCUCUGGUUUACCUCUCCAUGUUCUAUUUUCUCACCAACCCAAGAUCGUCUUUUGCAGAUAACUACAUCGUGCUUCUCUGUCUUGUAUACUGUGUGACUGGCAUAGCUUAUGCAUUGGCCAUGUUCUUUGAACCUGGUACUGCCCAGCUUUGGUCAGUACUUCUUCCAGUUGUUUUGACGCUUAUUGCCACAAAACAAAAAGAUAGUGAAUUUCUGAAGCGUAUCGCUAAUGUCUGCUAUUCCAAGUGGGCUUUGCAAGCAUUUGUUAUUGCAAAUGCUGAGAGGUAUCAUGGAGUAUGGCUGAUAACUCGAUGCGGAUCACUCAAGGAAAGUGGCUAUAAUCUCCAUGAUUGGAACUUGUGCGUAGUAAUCCUCAUCUGUAUAGGCAUAAUUAGUCGAGUUUUGGCAUAUUUCUGCAUGGUCACUUUCCAAAAGAAGUCCCAGUAACACCACACUUCAAGGAUCAUGCAACAAGGUACCAUAAUUUUGCCUUUCACAAUUAGUUUAGGAUUCUUAAUUAUUUGGACAGUACUUUAUCAUCUAAGAAUGACCCCUUUGUGGGGGUUCAUAUUGUAAAUUUGUAAUCACUCUUGUGAUCCUAUUUAUAAUGGGAAGAGAGAAUAAGUUUUAAUCUUAUUUAUAAGUCA